AAGUUUCACACACACAUUUGUUUGUGUGUUUAAGCCCAAAGCCUUAACAGAUAAACAAAAAGACUUCCAAAUUAAGAUAGUCAUCACACCACAAACUACCAUCUCAUCUGACUGUAAAAUCAUUUUGGCAUCAAUUUCACGUACUUGAACUUGAAGUAACUAAGAUGGGAGGUGGAAAGGACAAACAACAUGAGUCUACUGACAAAGGGUUAUUUUCAUUUGAUGGUGGAUUUGGUGCUGGACACUAUCCUGGAUCAUACCCUCCGCAAGGAUAUGGAUAUCCCCCACAAGCACAUCAUGGAUAUCCUUCCUCCGGUGGGUAUCCUCCACCUGGAUAUCCUUCCAAUGGGGGAUAUCCACCAGCCGUCUAUCCAAGUGGAUAUCCCCCAGCCGGUUAUCCAGGUCACCCAGGUCCAUAUCAUUCAGGAUAUGGAUCUAGCAUGGGACUGGGAGGGGUGUUAGCUGGGGGUGUUGCUGCAUACGGGGCCAACCAUCUUGCGCAUGGGCGCCAUAGCCCUGGAUAUGGUUACGGGGGUUACCAGGGCUAUGGGGGUUCUCAUGGGAAGUUCAAACAUGGGAAAUUUAAGGGAAAGGGGUAUGGCAAGCCCUUUGGGGGCAAGUUCAAGAAAUGGAAGUGAUCAUGGAGUGGAUCCAGGCAAAAUAUCAUGGUCGGUUCAAGAUCUAAGUCUAUAAAUAAUCUUAUACUUUAAAUGGCUUUCUAAUAAUUACGACAGCCAUGCUGUUUCGGGUUGUCUUAUUGUUUCUUUAAAUAAUGCUAUAUACUGUAUAUGUCGUGUAAUUUAGUUGUUUUUGUUCCUUUGAGAAGGCCAGUGGAAUGCUUCUUUAGGCAAUUGUUUUGGCAGCUACUUAUAUGAUGAAUGCCUCGAAGGCCCGAAUGCAUUGGCCUAAAUUGAUAAAUUAAAUAGGGUGCACAGCCCUGUAUUUAUUAAAGACGUAUUUUGUG